AUGCCAACUGAUCAAGAAGAAGAAGACUUCAAACCUUGGAUAGAACAAUUCUGUGCCUUAUAUGGCCAUGAUUAUUUUGUUCCAGUGGCACAAGAAUUCAUUGAAGAUGAUUUCAAUUUAACUGGUUUAUCAUCACAAGUUCCAUAUUAUAGAGAAGCGUUAUAUACCAUAUUAGAUUAUCAGGUGGAAACUAGAGAAGACGCAGAAGCAGCAGCCAAUAACAGUAAUAACAAUAACAACAGCAAUAAGGAUGGAAAGAAUGGGAAUAAUCGUAAUAAUAAUAGCAAAAAGUCGACAACCAGCAAUGCAGAAUUGCCUAAUAAAGCCCUUUUGGCCCAUUCAGCAGAAUUAUUAUAUGGAUUAAUUCAUGCCAGAUAUAUCAUUUCAAAACAAGGAUUAACCGCCAUGGCAUCAAAAUUUGAAAGAAAUGAUUUUGGAUCAUGUCCAAGAUAUUUCUGUGAUGGAAUGCAUUUAAUCCCAGUAGGAUCAACCGAUAUACCAGGACAAGAAACUGUUCGAUUAUAUUGUCCAUGCUGUAAUGAUAUUUAUGUGCCUUCAAGUUCAAGAUAUUUAAAUAUAGAUGGAGCAUUUUUUGGUACUACAUUCCCCGGAUUAUUAGUUAAAAUGUUUCCUGAGAUUGAAAAUCAAUGUAGAAUAAGAAUAAAUAAAUUUAGUAAUAAUGAUUUUGGAUUAAAAUUAUUUGGAUUUAAGAUUCAUGAAUUAAGUACAAGUGGUCCAAGAAUGAAAUGGUUAAGAAUGCAUCCAAAAACUGCUGAAGAAAAAGCAGAAUAUGAAACUUGUGAAUUAGGAGUGCCUAGAUAUAUAACGGAUAAUAGUGAUCUUGAGGAUGAUGCAAGUGAUAUGGAUGAUGUCAGUGAUGAAGAAGAAGAUGAUGAUGAUGAUAGAACCAUGGCGAGUGAGUGA